GAUUAUUGUUCUUGUUCCGGAGAAAAAGCGCGAACAUGCCUGAGCCAGCGAAGUCUGCGCCCAAGAAGGGCUCGAAGAAGGCAGUGACGAAGACUGCCGGAAAAGGGGGAAAGAAACGCAAGAGAUCCAGGAAGGAGAGCUACGCUAUUUACGUGUACAAGGUCCUGAAGCAGGUUCAUCCGGAUACGGGUAUUUCUUCCAAGGCCAUGGGUAUCAUGAAUUCUUUCGUCAAUGAUAUCUUCGAGCGUAUCGCUGGUGAGGCGUCCCGCCUGGCUCACUACAACAAGCGCUCCACCAUCACUUCCAGGGAGAUCCAGACAGCCGUGCGCCUUCUGCUUCCUGGUGAGCUGGCCAAGCACGCCGUGUCUGAGGGAACCAAGGCGGUCACUAAGUACACCAGCUCCAAGUAUGCGGUGUGAGAGGUUAGUUUUUGCUCAAUUAUGAGUGUCCCUUGACUGCUGUGAUGUUUUUGAGAUCUAUUGUAAUCUCACCUUCACAUACGUGCCAAAGGACAAAGCAGUUAAAGCAAAAGAAGUCUGAGUUUUCAUAAAGCAAAGGGGUAUAUGAGAAUCUGGGACGUGUGGUUGAGAAACCUGCUCUGCAUGGACAAUCCCGGUCACCAUAGACAUGCAACAGAUUCCAUUUACAGGAGGAAACCAUUUGCAAGACUGUCACCAGGUUCCUGCACAAAACUCGCAAUCCCUGUGUAAUGCGCCUGCCCAGCAACCUCCACCACGACAGCAGGGAACUCCCCGCACUGGGUUUCCUGA